AAAUUUUCCCCCACUCUUCCCGAAAUUUCGCCCAAAACGUCCCCAGCCCUCGAAUCUUCCCCGUCGAAACGUCCCCAGCCCUCGAUUCUUCCCCGUCGAAGUGCGAUUGCUGACGCCGGCCAACGCGCCCCUAUUCCACCGCCCUCAUCUUUGCCGGAUCUCUUUCUGGUUAGCAUGGCCUGUAACUACAUCAGAGAUAAGGAUUGGAUGUACGUGGGUCGUGCAGAACGCAUGCAAUCUAUUUUCGUUAAUGGAGUUAGUGCUUUCAUGGACUUUGUACGUAGACACGAUAUGGUUCGACAUGGAAGGCUCAUUUGUCCAUGUAAAUUAUGCGCGAAUAGGUUGCAUCAAUUGGAGGAAGAAGUAGAACUUCACAUUGUGAAGAAUGGUUUUGUUAACGAUUAUAAAAUUUGGGUAUAUCAUGGACAAAUUGAAGGUCUCAGUGAUGCAGAUGAAGAAGAACAAGAAGAAGACAACUUAUUUCUUGAUGAGGAAAUGGAGGAAAUGGUUGAGGUAGCUCUUGGUAACACUAACCCUGCUGAAGAUCCUCCUUUCGGAGGAGGACAUCGUGAAGACAAUUAUGACAAAUACAUGAAUGAUGCUAGGAGGCCCAUUUAUGAGAAUGCAAAACACUCUACGCUAUCAUGGUUUGUCCAUCUAUUCCAGAUUAAAUGUCUAAAUAAAUGGAGCAACUAGUCAUUUACGAUGCUCCUCAAGUUUCUUAAAGAUUUUAUGCCUCCGGGGAACCAUGUGCCUGAUAGCUGGUACGAAGCUCAAAAGAUAAUGUCUAAUCUGGGUCUGAAGUAUGAGAUGAUACACGCAUGUCCCAAUGAUUGUAUAAUUUAUUGGAAAGAAAAUUCAGAUAAUACGGAGUGUCCUACUUGCGGAGAGGCUAGAUAUAAGGAGAAAGUACAUGGUCAAAAGAAGAUAUACCUAUCAAGUUAGUACGAUACUUUCCCAUUACACAGAGGCUGCAGAGGCUAUUCAAGUGUAAGAAGACAGCAGUGGCGAUGACUUGGCAUCACCGUGCACGUCCAAGUGAAAAUGGACGAAUGAGUCAUCCUAGAGAUACGCCUGCAUGGAAGGAUUUUGACAGUAGGCACCCAACAUUUAGUCAGGAACCUCGUAAUAUCAGGCUGGGAUUGGCUAGUGAUGGCUUUUGCCCCUUCAGCUUUAAGGGCAAUCCCCACAGCACAUGGCCCAUUGUGAUGAUGAUUUAUAACCUCUCACCGUGGUUGGCUAUGGACCAAUCAUAUUUCAUGAUGCCUCUUCUUAUUGAUGGUCCAAAGUCACCGGGAAACAAUAUUGACGUCUAUCUUCGACUUCUUAUCGAAGAGUUAAAGUCUUUAUUCAUUGAUGGUGUGGAUACAUACGAUGCAGACACGGGGACAAACUUCACCAUGCGUGUAGCCUUAAUGUGGACAAUCAAUGAUUUUCCUGCGUAUGGAAUGCUAUCUGGUUUGUCUGUACAUGGUUACACUGCAUGUCCUUACUGUCAUCUCCAGACGCAUGUUGGAUGAAAAUCAUUCGUACAGAGAUGACAUCAUCCACUUUGAUGAUACUAAAGAGAAUCGCCCGCGUCCAGAACCAUUAUCCGGAGAGGAUAUACUUGCUCAGUGGAAUGGUAAAAACAAUGUGACUUUCGGAAAAGUAAAGGGAAGGCAAGAAACACCACAGGGAUGGAACAAGAAAAGUAUCUUCUUCGAACUACCCUACUGGAAGACAAAUAAAGUGCGACACAAUCUAGAUGUCAUGCAUAUUGAGAAGGGAGUAUCUGAGCACAUACUUAACUUAUUUCUCUAUAAAGAUGGAAAAUCAAAAGAUAACCUUAAAGCUCGAAGGGAUCUGCAGGCGUGGAACAUUAGAAAAGAGUUGCAUCCUAUACCGAAGGCAUACAAUCCUGAUCAAUUUGUACUCCCCAAUGCUGCGUAUCAUAUGUCACUAGAUGAAAAGAAAAAGUUUCUUCAGGUGUUACAUGAGUUGAAGGUUCCUACGGGGUUUUCAUGAUCAUUUAGUAAGAAGAUAAAGAUUGUUAAAGGCAAGAUCGAAGGGUUGAAGAGUCAUGAUCACUAUAUUAUUAUGGAGCAU